CAGAACUUGCACAAUUACACUUUUUAAAGUGACAUAUAAAUAUAAUAAAGCAAAAGUUUCCUACUGUAAUACUGUGAUACUGUGAUAAUGCCACUAGCUAUAUACCUUACCCCUUGUAGGAUGAAAUCUUAUACUAUGAAAAACUCUCUCAUCUUAUUUUAGCAAUCAUUUUGUUUUCUUAAACAGCAACCCAAUUUUAAUUAAAAGAAGCAGAGCAUAGAUACCAUACCUACAUGUCACUUAAUAAACUCGGUACAUAGGUCAUAGUCACUGGUCGAUGGCCUUGAGCUACCUCUACGGCGAAAGUUUUCACAUAGAGUCCUCAUCCUCUUCGGAGCAAGACGUCCUCAUUAAGAAGAUCCUUAUCAUGCAUGAUCCAGAUGGACGCGAACUUGAUUCAGAGAUGUUGCUUCGAGUUAUUGAAACAAUCAUGCAUCGCGCUACUGCAUCACAAGUGUUUGUUCAGCAGCAGGAUCCCCUUGAACUAAGCACCGCGGUAGAAGAAUCACAAGAUCUACUAGAAGACUCGAUAUAUAAGAUAUCAAGCGAGAUACUCUGCAAGUGCUAUGGAGAUGAAAAUGUGCACGAAAGAACAUUAAGCGUGUUUGACUUACUUGGGAAAUAUAGAUGGGAUGCAAAACUGCUUCUAGCUCUUUCAGCUUUAGCAACAGUCUUUGGUGAAUUCUGGAUCAUAAUGCAGUCACAGAACAAGAACCUGUUAGCUGCGUCGAUUGCAUUACUUAAGCAUUUUCCAGACAGCAACAUUUUUGAGCCAAUCUUUAAAGCAUUGACCUCAUUAGUUAAAACAAUGGUAGAAGUCAUUAGGCGUGUUUCACAGUUUGAAGGUCUACCAAUAACCUAUGUAGAACUGCAGGAUGAUACUGUAACUACUACAAAAUCGUUAAUGUAUGUUGCUGCUUAUUGGAUCAUCAGGAGUAUUAUUGUCAGCAUAUCUAUCGUUACAAAUUUGAGAGCCAUCGAAGAUGAUCAAGUGCACCCUCUUUCCUUUCAGGAUCCAUAUUCAAUAUCAAGUGCUGUAUGGGAGAUUGUAAGUUUAAGAAGCAAGAUUAACGGCAUUGGCUCUCAGCUUAGAACACAGGUAGACGCCUGCCAGCAACAGACAGAGCAGAAGAUGCACAGGAAGCUCAUGAAUACAUUACAGGAGCCAGACAUUGACAACCAAGAAAUCCUUCGGAUGUUAUUUGGACUGAGGAAUGACUUGCCACUAAAGCAAUCAUCUAUGCAAGCAAAGGUUGGAAUCACCUCACUGAAGAACAAUGUGGUUGUUCUGCUGAUUUCAAAACCAGAACUCCUGCCUGUGCAUGAGUUGUUUUUACUGGGUCAACAGACAUAUGAUCAUCUUCUCCAUGAUAAGCAAGAUAGAAGCUAUGAUAUCCUGUGGAUCCCCAUAUCAACUUCCGAGAAUUGGAGCAACAAUGAAGUCACCAUAUUCAAUGUUAUAUCAAACUCCUUGCCUUGGUACUCAAUUCGACAACCAUGGUUACUCAGCUCAGCAACAAUCUACUAUGCAAAAGAGGAAUGGAAAUUCGACGAAAGGCCCAUUAUGGUUGCCUUGGACCCUACAGGUAUGAUAACUAACUUUGAUGCUGCUGACAUGGUAUGGAUUUGGGGUGCCAAAGCAUACCCCUUUUCAGCCUCAAGAGAAAAGGAACUGUGGAGCACAGAAAAAUGGAACCUGAGACUCUUACUUGACAGUAUUGACCCUUUGUUCACCAUGUGGGUAGAAAAAGAAAGAACAAUUUGCAUUUACGGAAGCAGUAAGCUUGAGUGGGUAAGACAGUUUAGUGCAGAAAUUAAAGAUAUUCAAAGCUUAGCUGCACAACUUGAGGUGAUUUAUGUUGGUAAGACAAAUCAAAGUGUUAUAGUAAGCAACAUAGUCUCCUCCAUAGAAAAAGAGAAGCUAAGUCACACUCUUACUGUGUCCAAGAUAUCUUUGUUUUGGAAGCGCCUUGAAAGUAUCAGACGAUCAAAACUCAGGCUCCAACAGACCUCUGACACUGAUAAUAUUCUAAGAGAGGUAGAAGAAUUGCUAGAUACCUGUAAAGAUGAUAACGAUGAAGAUUGGGUGAUCUUUGGUAGGGGUUCUUCAGCAGAUAUUGUAAAGCUUCAUGGUAAUGAAUGGACUCAGUUCUUGAGUAAAUACUCGACAUGGAAAAAGUAUCUGCCAGAAAUUGGUUUGGUAGAUGCAAUUAGACUUUCUCAGGAACCUCCCCCAACUGAGCCAUGCUCCCACUCAAAUAUGAUAAGAUAUAAUAAAGAGCUAAUGGAAGAAACUGUCAUUUGUAAGAAGUGCAAGCGUCCAAUGGAGAAGCUAAUUGCCUAUGAUGUAGUGUAGGUUUUCCAAAUAAGAAUAAUAGACUUUCUAACUGUUGUUUAAGUAACAAUAAAUGCAACUCCGUGUUUAGGAAGAUGUAGCUAAUAAAAAUCCAACUCCAUAUUGCUUAAGGUUUAUUCAGUUCAAUCUCUUGUCAAAUGUUUAUUGUCUCUUGAAACAUAGCUAGCUAACUAAAAAUCAUCCCCGCAAAUUUGAUGAAGGUAGAAUAGUACCAAGCUGUUUCAAAGGGCAGCAACAAAGCCAAUGCACAGUAAAAAUUCUAAUUUUGCUUAGGUAAUA